AAUCCCGUUUUCGUCUCCUCUGCGAUUGGCACUUAGUGUACAAAGAUAGCCAGUCAGUUUUUUAUGUGAGUGCGUAGUACGAUGGCUGGCGUAGGAAAAUAGCCAAAAAUCAACUGGAAAAGUGUGUUAUCAAAGAGAAAAGUGAAAUCAAACACGAAGCGGUUUUGUUUUUUUUUGUCAAAGUUAUCGGCAUUGAUUAUCCACACAUCUACCAGUAAUGUAAUUGAAGGAGGUCACUGCUCCAGCGUUUGAGCUGUCAACAGAAAAAAUAAAUCGCUCGACAAUAAUACCAGCCCAUUUUUAAGAUGUUCCCACGACCUAUGUAAUUUUAAAUUAGCUUUAAUCGUUCGAUGGAUAACCGACCGUACUCACUAUCCUCCUCGGGAGAACACGAAAAGGAAGUACACGACGAAAGCAGAAAUGAAAGUUCAGAGUGCUUACCGACGAGAGAUACCGAGCUACAACGGGAGGACAGCGGGCUGUUCUCCCCGGACGCAAUCAGGAAUGCGUCCAAUCGUCUCUCUACGGAUUCCGCUUCGACGUAUGAAAUAGUCGAUUACCAAUCGCCCGAAUCCACCGACGAGUUGUGGAGUAAUGUGGUGAAAAUAAAUCGUGCUACCAGUGCCGCUGUUGCUGCGAUGGUUGCUGAAUCCGGUGGUGAUGAAGAUCGCGAUCAAGAUGACGAGGAAUAUGAAAUACAGGAGGCUGCUGCUGGAGAGGAUUUACAACUGCAAAGAAAAAAGUUUGAAUUGGCGCGAUCGUCCACUAAAGAGGAAAAGCAACGACAUAACGAGGGAAUUCUAAUUAUGAAAUCCAAUUCGCUUUCAUCUGAAAACAAUUCCUGGGAAACUUUUUCCCCAUCAAAACCGUCGGCGGAUAGCGCUGAAGCAAUGGUCUUACCGGAUCCUGUUGAGAUAUCUUCUUUAGUGCAGAGUAAACCGGGAACUUCGAAAGCUUGUUUCAUAGAUGCAUCUUCACUAUUUGAUGAGGAUGAGGUGCCGUACCCGUCCUUCAUGGAUACCAGUUUACAGCGACAACAACAGGAGAGAACAACUAUCUCAUUGUCUGCUAUUUUAAGCGAUGAUGAAAAACUGAAGAACUCGAAUAGUCAACAGACCACACUUGACGUGAAGGAUCAGUUUUCAUCACUACCAAAUAAUGAUUAUUUAGCUGGCAAAUUAAACAUUAAGGAUAAUGAGGAAGAUGGUAACGAGGAGUUUGGCGAGGAAGUCAUUGCAAGGCAGGAUUCUGAAAGGAAGCAGGGUAGUUUUCUUUUUCAAAAUUCGAUUCAACAGUAUUCUGGUCAUUUGAUAGAACCCAACUUACAAUUUCCAGAUGAAAACUAUAGUGAUAUGUCGAUUCCUAGUGUUUAUUCCUCAAGCAGUGAACCGAACUAUGAAUACACUUCACUGGUGACGGAAACUAAUCCUACUCGAUUCAUUACUACUACUGGAGGCAUCAACACAAGUGGAUACAAUUCUGGUUCAGCGGAUUACUCCUCUCGAAUGUCACAUGCUUUAGAUAGCGAUAACUUGCAUUACCCAGACACCCCUUUCAAUUCGAUAGUACACGUUAACUCUGCUGUAAGUAUUCCUCCUUUAUCCGUUCGUCUUUCCGAAGGCAGUAGAGGAAGUUCUGUUGAUCGGGAGUCCCAUUCGACUCCGAUAAAAAUUCCCAAGCGUGUUCGAAAACAUGACGAAUCCGCUCCUAUUCUCUCUGGUGGUGCUUCAAUCGAGGAUUUCACACCCAAACAAUGUGAAAGUCCACAGGUUCGCAGGAGGACGGAUACAUGCCCGAUCGUUUCCGGCGGAAUUAGUUUUGAAAAUGAUUUCAAACCGGAUGAACGAACUCGCAAACUAAGCAGUUCGGCAAAGUCUUGGGUGGUUGACUUGAAGAAUUGCCCGGAUGAUGAAAAAACCGCUGCUAUGACUUCAAUCGAACACAACAGAAAUGGCAUGGGUUUCUAUGUGGAUUUCGGAAGCAUCAAGACGCCAGAGGAAGAAAAGUCCAUCGUGACUAAUGCUAGGCCGCAGAAUCGUGCUCAUCAUGAUUUGAUGAAGAAGUCAACUGGUUUCUAUAUCGAUCUUUCUGAUAAUGACAGUUCACGUAGUAACACCCCAAAGCUGACUAAAACCCAUACACCUCCGAUCAACACAAAUUCUAGUAGUAGUCCCAGAGCGGAAUCAGUCGAGAAGGAUACUAAGAAAAACAUUUUUUCAAUGUUCAUCGAUAUUGGUAAUGACGCUUCUCCAAAGCAAUCGACAGCUGUUCGUAAAAACACUUCAGCAUCAGUUCGAACAAAAGAUGAAGGUUCAACAGUUGUUGUUCCCCUUGUUAGACCUGUCAACCUACCUGCCGAGGAGAAAAAGAACUGCUAUAUGUUUAUUGAAUCCGAAUCGUCGCCAAUUAUGCGAAGAAACAACGAUUCAUCAGUUCCAAAAACAGAAUCCAAAAGACAUUCUUGGAAUCCUACAAGCACUGAAGGAACUUUCCAUGAACGACGAAUCUUGAACCGAGAGUAUCAGCGAUCGACUAGUGUUACCAGUGAUAAAGGAAUUAUGAACAUUCUGGACAAAAUACCUCUGCUUUCCAAGACUAGCAGCAUGUCAAUUGACUCUUCCGUUUCGCCAUGCGAAGAUUUUACCUGUUCAAAAUCCGAACUGAGCACCUACUCCAAUCAUUCUGUUUCCUCUAAUUCGGCCCAAUCUAGCAACGAGUCAAAAGUUUCACCAAAACAGAUUGGGUCCGGCGUACUAGCGGAAAUGACUACUUCAGCUAAGAAAAAGCGCAGAGAUGUUAAAAUCAAUGAAACCUUUGACAAGAGUAGUCAGGGAUCGGUCACUGACGGAAUUUUAUCAUCCAACGAGGAUUCUUCUCCAAUAUCUACAACUGAUACUGACGACGUGACAUUCCAAAACAAUCCAGCUGAUGAACCAAAUGCAGACCAACUGGCAGAUGAACCACCUGGUCAAACAGAAGAGAUUAAACUACCGUCAACAACAAAUAAACAGAUGGAAACAAUUGUUGAAGCAGUCGAAAAUUCCCCGAAGCAUGUAAGUAACGGGGCUCGUAAAGCUCAACAUACAAUGGAAACGCUUCACGCAACUAUCGAAAAGCAGAAACAGUUGUUGGAAACUGUUUCCGAGAACGUGGAGUCACAAAACACCUCAUUUGUAAAACUAUCUGAUAUGGAUAAACCGGUUGUACCCAUCAAGUUCGAACUUCAUUCGGAAAGUGGAAAUGCUUCCGGAACUACCAAUAAUACUGGCUAUAUGUCAACGUCAGCCGGUUCAAAUCGAGUGGCUAGACUAUUCGGGGAUAGCAACCACAAAUACAACACUAUUGGAACCGCCCAUCAGACACAGCAUCAACUUCAACAGCAACAGAACCACGGCUACUACGCUAAUGGCACGGCUUCUAUGGAACGGCACUCAUGGAAUAUGUCACGGUCGACGGGGAACAACUUCAUGAACUUGGUUUCUUCGGUGGAGAACUCGAGAAGCCUUAGUCGUUUGUUUCCACAUUUAUCUAAAGCCUUCAGCAGCAGUUUACCAUCAGAUGUGGGCAUGAACUCCAUGAACCGUGGAACAGAUCUGCACGAAUUCAUGACGUCGGAUUUUUCAUGCACUUCCAGUAUAACUUCCAGCCGUUCUGGAAUUGAAUCCAUUGAUGAGUCCAUAUCUAGUCGACAACCUCGCCGUUUAGGAGAGGACUUGCUGAAGAUGUUCCUUCAAGAGAUAGCCACCGACGUGACUAUUGAAGCAGAAUCAAAGAAAAUGCGUGCCCAUAAAUGUAUUUUGCGGUCUCGUUGUCAGUACUUCGCUGCUAUUCUGGCCGGAGGAUGGAUUCAAAAUGCUGGCAAUAUCAUCAGUCUACCUGGAUACUCGUACGCAGCUGUUCAUUUUGCUCUCUGUCACAUUUACUCCGGUGCCUCCCAUCCUCCGGAGGGCAUCAGUUUAAUGGAACUGGCCGCUUUGUCCGAUUUGCUUGGGCUUGAAGGAUUGAAGGAAGUUACUGCUUAUGCGUUGAAAACGAACUACUGUCAUAACUUUCACAAGCCAUGUUCCGGUUGCACGGAUGGUGUACUACAGGUUCUUCCGGUUACGUUAAAUCAUGGCUUGGAUGAGUUGUACCGCAAAUGUUUGAAGUGGGUGUGCAAACAUUACGUGAAGAUCUGGUCCAACAAACAAUUUUCGCAGCUACCUGCGGAUGUAGUUAAUCGCUGUAAGCAACAAAUCAUAGCACAUUUGUCGUCUGAAACUGUGCUGAACACUAUCCUGGACAGCGAGCAGCUACUGACGAUUUUGCAACCGUAUAAAUGGUCCGUCGAGGUAGAGAAUGUGGUUCGUGACAUCCUCGAUGCCGCUUACGAUUACAUCCAAGAUCAUUUCGCGUCAUUGUUAGCAAGUGAUUGUUUUCUGUCACUUGGCCACAAUUACAGCUGGGCUAUAUCUCACGUCGAACCAAUACUGCUUCGAGCAGCCACUAGUCUCAGUCCGGAUCAAGCGUGUAAGAGUUAUCCGCGUGCCACAAGGUUGCAUAAAUUGUUGCAAGCAAAGGUUCUAACUAUGACCGCUACGCCACUGUCAUCUGGUGAUAAUUUAAAUAUUCUGAAUGUGUAUGAAAGGAAGAGUAAAUUGGACAUCGAAUAUAGCCGAGAGGAGGAAGAGAUGGACUGGUGCAGUGAGUUUGUUGGAAUGGUAAACGCUAUUCUCUCAGCGGUUGAGCAGUGCUUGAUAAGACAGUGCGCUCGAGCAAUGCGUGUCAAUUCUUGGCAGCGAAUGGACGUCGAGCUGAGGAAUAAAAUUCAAAAACUGGCCUGUUUGAUGGAACCGACCGAGGAGCGCAAAUCUCGAUCGAGAUAUUCCUAUUCCUCGCAGACAUCGUCGUCAUCAUCGAUUCAUUCCAGAACAAAUGAUUUACGCCAAGUACGGUUGGCCAUACAGGCCCAUACAAAGAGAUCUUAUGAGCAUCAAAAUAAUCACAACGUGAACAAUAGAACAAACACUCAGCAAACGCAGACGAUUGUUCAUCAUAACGACUUCAACAGUGUUUCGAAGUCAAACAAACCCCAUGAGCUCUUGGAGCGAAAUAACAUUCGGUCGGAUUUGGUCGCCGAAAAUGGCAGAUUAUCCAAAACGGCAUCGAAGAGCAAUGUGUUGUUGGACGGCAAGUUAAGUAAGGCGAAUGUGAAAAUAGGAUUACUCAGCAAAAAUAAUCUAUCAAGUCAUAAGCGAUCGCAAUCAGAAGAUAUGGGUAUGAAAGUUGCAAAGCCAGAGGCAUUGAACAAUUUGAAAUCGAAACUUAACAAUGUAAAGCCUCGCUAUUUGGAACCCAAAAAACCAAAAAACGCUACCAAUCUCCAGGUGCAAAACGCUUCCUCUAGUGGCAGUUCAACAAGAACGUCUAGUCCCGCUACUGGACGAAAGAAAGGGCCCCUAGGUAAUCUUACAAAGCAAGGCCGUGAUUCAAAUAUUUCACUCGAUAGUCUGUCAUCCCCGGCAAAAACUGUCAAAAUGCGCCCAACCAUCAAUGAUAUGGAAGUUUCUAUCGACUCGUUAGCUGAAUCAUUGAAAACAAGUUCAAUAAAAACAAACAGCAACACACUCUCCCAUGAAUCACUUAUCUACCAGGAAUACUUUAAACCUAAAAACACGAAUCUGGAAAAUCCCCAACAAAUGUACUCCAAGUCUAACCCAAUUAUUUUCAAAGACCGCGAAAACGGUCCAAAAUCAGUAGAUUCUUUGGCAAUCAACAAAAAUUCCGCGCUGACAAAGAAUAACAUCAAGCCCAGUGGAUCAAGCAGUACUAAACUUGGUCCUGCUACGAAAACGGGAAUCAAUCGAACCGCAUCGACUGCCAGCGUUGGUUCGAAUUCAUCAUCCUCUUUCGUUAAAAAAAGUUUCCUUUCACAACGUUCAAGAGAAAUUCUCGCUCGUCGUUCGCAUGAAACUAAAUCGAACUCAACGAACUCGAGCAACAAAUCGGCCGCAUCUUCUCCUAGUCUAUUGUCAAGAGAUAAAUCAACUGCAAGUGAUAGAACUAAAACCGGUUCAUCUGCUUCGUACACCACCAACGGUUCUGGAGGAAGAAAAAUAUAUCAAACGACCUUGCACCUCCGUAAGACGGCCAAAUUGCAGCAAGAACUACCACCGACGGCUAAGCAUCCCAGCGAUGGGCCGAAAUCGGGUAAGCACAGUUUCAUUCCGAUUGCUGGCAAUCAACUGCGAAAGUCAUCUUCGGUCGCUCGGUCGGGUAGCAAUAACAGUACCAACACUAGUGGACGGGCAUUGAAAUCGGUAAAUACUGUCAUGAUCCCGUCAGCACCGUUGGCUGGUAGCAAACUGCCUCCCGAACACACCUCAACGUCAUCGUCUUCUGAUAACAUUAACAGACCACCUAGGGUGGAAUCGAAACUGGAGCGGUCGAACACGUUCUGCAUGGAAGCUUCCGAUAAUCCGGUAGUGCUGCAGAUAAUUGAGUAGAGUGCAACCGAAGAGGACAACAGGUGGAUUUGCUUUUUUAGUUCGCGAUGAGGUGCGUUUCGGGUGCUACCUAAAGUGAGCAAGAAAGUCGACGAUUUACGCUACUAGUUAUGGAUCAAGCAAGUAUAGUUGCAGCAAAGGUUUGGCAAUCGAGUAAGUAAAAAUAUGGAUCAAACAUAGUGGUGAUUUAUUUUACUCAAUGGAUAGUGAUAAAAUCGUAAGGUUUAAUAUUUAUUUACCAAUAAGCACAUUAAGCGAUCCAGGAGAAAGCGAAAAACCAAUAAGUUUGCAUAAAAAGAGAGAAAGAAACAAGCACAGCUGAUAAAUUCUUCAUCGUGGUACUUGUCUAGUCAUUAUUUAUCUCAGAUGUAUUUGUUCGCUUACUAAAAAGGGUAUAAUGUAGAUAUGAUCGAGAUGUAGUUUAUGCGUUGUGUAAUCCGCAUCAGGUCGAUUGAUAGUGAUGAAAAGCUAUUCGAACAGUAUUUUGAGAGGCAUUUCAAUCGCAGAGAAUACAUAUAAACGGACUCGAGCAAAAGAACUUGACUUAAUAUUUAAUAACGCACUGAAUAAUGGAUGAUAUACUAUAAUUAAUAUUUACUUAAACUGUAGUAGCGUUUGUAGGGUUAGCUGGAUCUAAAUAAAGCUCUCAUACUAUGGUUAAUAUUGUGGCAAUGCUUCUCAAAUAGUUCUUCACAAUUGAACAUACGAUUUUAGUACUUAGUUUGGAUAUGUGUAUACUUAUUACAGUCGGUCGAUUAGCUACUGAGCAACUAAUUUUCACCCAAUAGAAGAAAUAAACAACUCCUUUUAUAAGCACUACAAAAGGACGAUUUUUCAGGAAUAUACGUUUAACUAGAAAAAAGCACUUUAGAAACGCGUUAGAGGAUUAAAAACUUUAUUUAUACGUUAGGAGCGAUAAUAUCAGAACCAUGAUAAACACCCAUUGUGCUUGUUUGUUUUCAAUAUUUAACAGAGCCAAACACAAUCAAUAUGAACCAUUACACCGCACUGGGGAACAAAAGUAAACUGCAUUUAUUAUGCAGUUGGCGUAGUUGGAUACAUCAAGGUCUAUUAAAGUACCUAUUAGAGUUUAUUAUGGAAUUCGGAAUAAUGAUACAAUUUUGUUUAAUAGCUUUUCGGGCUUCCUUAUUGAGAACCGUCGAACUUCGUUUUGGUUGACGCUAUUUUUAUUUGUGCUAAUAUCGUUUGUAGUGAUGAGUGGUUCAUCUGAUAUUUUUCUUAUCUUAUUAUUUAAGCCGUCCAUAUUAGUUUUUGGGUAAACAGUUGUCGUCAGCGAAGGAAGCCAAAAUUUUGCAGAUAGCUCUGUUUUAGAGACAUAGUAAUUGAUUUAGUUGUAAUGGCUGUUGUUAUUAUAAAAAAUCCAUUUCAUCAAUUGAGGUUAAAGUAAAACCGAGGGCUUAAUAGAGGAAAGAUACUCACGCUAGUACGUUACUGACAAUGAUAGGUUGAAUUAUUUUCGCAUAUUUUUUGUUUGGCGUGAGCAAUAUUGCCUCCAUUGAACGGUAUGUUCAACACUUCUUAACAUUGAAAAACUUGAAAUCUCCGGCAGUUGUUUUAUGUUGUUGGUCGAUUGUUCUGUCGCACGAUGCCGUCGCAAACCAUAUCUUUGUCAAAGCUCAGUCCAAACGAAUCAACGCGAUGCAGUUCUGAGUAACCUCAAUACCAUUAGAGAACUUUUAGCUAUUAAUGUUAAAUUCUGGACCCACUUUAGAGGCAAUUCGCGAAGAUUACGUCCAUUAGACUGCCCAGAAAAAUAAUAAAUUUUCGAAAACCUAAUCGGCCCACCCCUGAGUUGAUUUCUAGUCUCACCCAGGAGUUUGAAUUUGAAACAAGUCGGAUAAGUCUAGCUAACGGGCCAAUGUGCCUGAAGUUUGUAUGCGAAUUUUCGAUAAUUUACAUGGAGAAAAUCCAUUAGCUCGAAAUUUCACCGGCACUCAAAAAAAUUAUCACUUAGAUAUCACAUGCAAAAACAUAUAAUUAUUUUCCAUAACAUUUUUCACGUAAAUGUUACAUGUUUCACACAUAGAAUAUUAUGGUUUUGAUCUAAUUAAAACGAUUGGUGACUGCAUGUAAAUGUUAAGUGAAUUUCAGUUACUUUGCAUCGGAAUAUCGCAUACUUUCAAAUUUAAAUCCAUAUAAUCUUUAUGUGAAUUUCACGUGAAUUUUAGUUGCAUGAAAAAUAAUAUUCAAAUGCUUUUCUAAUGUGCAUAAGCAGAGGUCGGAGAAUAAAUAUUCAAAUUGAAUUAAUUUGAAAUGCAUUUUAUAUUUACUUCAUCUGAUACAAUUAGUAGCAUUAUCAUUGCGAAAUAUAAUCGUUGCAUCUUUUAUUCGUCGUAGUAUGGAGAGUUUUAAUUUUUCUGUGGUUCGCAUAUCCGCUGGUUUUCACAGUUUCCGAUGUUCCAGAAAUGCUCGUGAUUUUUCCAGUUCCGCAUUCUGAAAAGUAACUUCGUUUUAAUUGUGCUGUAAUGUAUAUAAUAGUUUGAAUUACAUUUAAAUUAAAUUACCUUCAUCAAACUGUUCGAGAAUUUCCUUUAUUAAUCACCUUGCUGUGUGUUGUUGAUACGUGAUGCCAUAUUGGAUCUGUUUGUUUUUUCACAUUGUAUAUCCACAUAAUACUUACGUCCGUUGCAUAUAACUAUUGAAGUAUGUGACAAUCAAAUAGAAUGUAUGUAUUGCAUACUUGGAAGUAAUUGGUUUCUUAUUUGAACUUCAUCAGUGUAGUUAUGAAUUUUAUUUGCUGCAUAUGAAUCUAAUGUGAUUGAUCAUUUUUAAUAUGUACGUGCUUCUUCACUUAAAUUGUAUGUGAUUUAUUGGCUCAGUGGGUGUCACUGUACUUCAUCUAGUGGUGAAAUUGCGAGCUAGCGAGUUUUGUCCAUGUAAACCGUCGAAAAUUCCCAUACAAGCUUCAGGCACGUUGGUCCGGUAGCUAGACCUGUCCGAUUUGCUUCAAAUUUUGAGCAACUACUUCUAGUGGUACUGGGAAUCAACUCAAGGAUAGGCCGAUGGGGGUCAUUUUUUCCUGUCACUCUAGUCUUCAUAUUUAGUAAUGCCACGUACUUCCACUUAUGAUAGCUCCUUUCGAUGAAUCUACUACCAUUUCUAGACAUGUAACAACAUUUUCGAAUUUAAUUUCCCAGAUAACCAAUUUGGUCUUAAUAAAAAAACUUAAUAUAAUUUUUACUUAACUAAUUGAAAAUACGCAUUGUUUGUAAACGCUGUCGAAACGUUGUAGUUGACAUAUUAAAAUCAAAAACAUAUCCUUUCUGAAAUCGCACGCAAAUAGAAUUAAAGGGAUCAUUCGAACCAAAGACUGUGUUUCUUGGCGUUGACUGUAGACAUUGCCUGGAUCGAAGAACACACUCAGGAGCAUCAAUCCGCAGACGUCCAAGUAGUUCUACACUGUCGAUAUCUGCACGUCGAAUGUUUGUUCCAAUCUAUCAUUCGACGAUUCGGCAAUGCCCAAAAAAAGUACAACGGUCUUCAUAUAAAGGCAGAUUUAGCGGUCUUCUGGCCGAAGCCAGCUUGGUGGCACUAUUCAAAUGUUGUUCUGGAGUGGUACGAAGCCAUACCUAAGGAUAUGAACCCCCUGGCACACUGUGGAGUCAUGCGGAAAAGACAUUCUCAUCACAACACGGAGGAAGAAUAUUUUAAGCACUGCCAAAACGGACGCUCAUGAGCGAAACAUCAAACUCGGCGAAACGAUCAUGUAACUAUGGCCGCAACUCUCACACACAAGUACAAUCGAAAUAGCAAGCUGCAGCUCACCCAACCGAACAAACUGCUAACAAUGAUCACUUUUCGUAGUGCUUCGAUACGGUCCACAUCAUAGCCGCGAGAUCUACUGCCAAACACACCUUAAAUCAGCGUGGUUGGAUAGUCGAACUCAAGAGAUCGCGCAAGCAUGCGAAGGAACCAAAAGCCGCUACGAAAGCACCAACAUAAGCGUCUGUUGAGCCACCAUUUUGCUACCACGAGCACACGCUAUUCCACAGAAACAUAUCACUGGAGCUCAACCAGUGUAACCAGGACGCGCGGUUCCCGGAGAAGGCUCUUGACCAGAACGCCUUUUGUUACGUGCUUCUGAAUAGCGUACGCCUUCAUAUUGUACGAUCGCAUCGGCACUCUCCGAUAUUAUACCGUCAAUGUGUAGAGAGCCAAGCGAUCCAGAUAGUAAAAAUGUAUGUAGGGCAGCGGGCAAAAUACACCAGAUGUUAGCAUGACUCAUUUUUUGAAUGCUUGUUGGCUGCCCGAAUGUCUCACUGGCAAUAAUGAGCAUGGCUAUAUUAUUCAGUGUAUUGUGUUUAUUCGAUUUUUUCAUUGAUCAUUUUAUUGGUUUUCAAUCUGACGUUCCACUGUACGAACAGUGAGAUAGGAACGUUAUAUUGGCGCCCAUCCAAAAAUCCCACUAUUUUUCUUUCGUGGCUAUCAGUUUUCAAAUUAGUAAGUGAUAAAUGAGUUGUAAAUGUGUUGAUCACCAUUUAUAUCCUGCACCUAUCAGAUAACGAAUUGGACUAUGAGACGACGCGACGAGAGAAAGCCAGAAAGUUGCGUGUAACGAUUGAGCUUGAAAUAUCGACGAAGGAUGUUCCUGAAGCAGCAGACCAUGUAAUAAAUCAAGCAGAACAUGUGGACUACCACCAAAGGAAGCUACAAAUCAUUAGCAAGCGGUUAAAGAAUGCUUUUGAGGAAGAGAACUCAAUGGAGUUAGCGAUAUGUAAGAGCAAGUUACUGUACUACAGAAGCAGGGUUGCCACGAUCAUGGAUCAGUUUAUAUUCCAGGAAGCUGGAGGCUAACAUCGAACUGUGUCUUCUACGAAUUACCUAGUUCUUCAGUAACGUUACAUUGCUAAACUCACCGGUUCCCAAGGCUCCGGGAGAUGCAUCGAUCUUUCCAGAGAUGGAACAGCUGGUGCUGCAGUCCGGUCUUGGGGAUCGACAUCCAAUUAUUCCUCAGAGGUUGCCCCACAGGUUAGUGGAAAUUUUGACUUACCCAAACCGCCACUAGAAAGUUCCAGACAUGAUCAACAAAUUCCAGGAUUCACUACAGCAAUUCCAUGGAGCUAGAGGCAAGCCCAAAGACAACAACAAGCAAACAAUAAACCGGCGGAUGUUCGAGAUGAUUUGAUUCGCUAUUUGCUUCAAAGUCUAGAGGAUCCGUUUCGCAAUACAACGGGCAACACAUCGUAACGCUUCCGUUCAACCAAACCCAUUCACAAAUGGCCUUCCUCGUACGCGGGUGAGGCGAACAUUAUGGAAUUGGCUGCUUUCUUAAAUCGAGUGAAGAUCUAUGCGGACACUGAGGAAGUAGACGAACUAGCCCUACUCCGUAGCGCAAAACGUUGCUGAAAGGGUAGGCUCUGAGAUGGUACAUUCGGUCUUUUAAAUUGGCCUGUCUGGGAACACUUCAAAUGAAAAUAAAAAAAAUUUUAGAUUAUAGACGUUUUAACCUUAAGGUCAUUCGCCUCUUCGGGUUAAAAAAAUCUCUUAUGAAAAAUUUCUAACCCUAUGUGCGGGGUCGGGACUCGAACGCUGCGUACAAGGCAAUCGAUUUACCAACUACGCUAUGCCCACCCCCUAAUAAAGAAGAUGUUUUUACAUCAAUCAUACUCCCAGCACAUGAAGCGCCAGCAAGGUUCGGAUGAAUCCUUCUCAAAAUAUAGGCACAUUCUUGCGCUUUUCGAAGAGGUAAAUGCACCGUUAACAAAUCAGGACAGAUUCUACAUAAUGAAAUCAAAUCUCAAUCCAGAAUUUGCAGCCAUAGCUUCAGAAUCUCGAGUGGCUACAGUGGAAGAACUGGUUAGUGUCUGUAAGAAUUACGAUGAGGCGCGCACAUAUUCCCAGCGUAUUCGCUCCUCGCAGAUUUUCCGUUCCCCUCAUGUUGCUCAUGGAACGAAUGCUCUACAAAGAACAACAAGGCCAUCUGUAGCAGCAUAUUCCUGGAAUCGCAAAUCCACAAGCCCGCUGUCAAGAAUUGAAUAUGCUAGAAGAAGAAGAAAAUGAAUUUUAUGAACGAUUAAAACUUCCUGUUCCGCUCCCAGUAUCGGGAGGUUCGGACAGUCCCAACCUAUCCAGGAUGGAAAAGCUAACUCCGAAAGUCAAAGUUAUACAAAAUAGCACAUGGCAACGAAAACCGCUUGCACAGACAACAAUUAAACCACGGCAACCACCAAAUAUCGUUUGCUGGUAAUGCCAGCAACAGGGGACCACAUUUCUGAACAGUCAGAAUCCCAAGAACUACAUCGCUGUGGAAAGGAGGGAUCAAUAACACGUAAUUGUCCAUACUACAGUGCCAGGCUCGUCCAAACUUUUCCAGAUCACUCGACAGUUCUGGGAAACGUAUUUCCGAGGAUUCCUCAAUGAAGGGCGUUGACUCUCCGGUCGCUUUCAAUAACCUAUUCCAUCAACAAACGAAACAUUUCCGCAACCUAGCCUCUGUCAUAUUCAACACAUCUUCAGUAGAUAACAGACCAUACGCACACGUAACAAUCAUGGAAAAAACUGUUCGUGGUGUACAAGACAGUGGAGCUACCUGUAGCCUCAUAAGAGGCACACUCAUAUCGAUCGUCGAUGAGUUUGGAUUAAUCAUGUUCCCAGUGCAGGACUCGAUUAAAACAGCGGACAAUAAUCACACUUCGUGUCUUUCGCGCCAAGGGAGAUUUCGACGGAUAUUCGGACGGGAUGGAUAGAUUCAAUUCUAGUGAUCUAUACUGCCUCGUAAGGGGACCAAACAACAGAUGCAUACUCUAAAAUCCAUCGGACAAGCGAGCAGUAAAUUGCGCGUAGGUACAAGGGAUCAUCGAAGUCACGAGCAGUUUUCGGAAUAAAACCUAGUUGUCGGUUAGCUCUGCCUACUAUGGCGGAAUAAUCCAUCUUGAAUGUCAAUUUUGAGUCACGUAAUACUCCAAGGUUCUUCAGUUGAUCAACGCGAUUGAGUUGAAUGGUGUAGUCGUAAAUUAUGUUAUGGCCUUUCUGCAGCAAUAGAAAGAAUGAUCAAGCAUUUCGAGAAGCGGACUUCGAGGAUGUUGCAGCUGCACCAUCAAGUAAAACGAUCCAGAAGCUCUUGAAGAUACCUACAAUCAGCUUCACGUUGUAUGACAAGAAAAAACGUUUUGGAUUCCUCCGCAAAUCAUCUCGUCCCUUUUUCACCUAGCUUUUAUACAGUAAUCGAUUGUAUCCAUGGUAAAUGCGACUAGCUUCAUUGAAUUGGCGCUUUGGAAAAAAGGCAGUACAGCUGUAACAAUUUGGAACGGCUCCUACGAAAUGUACGAAAAUAAGUAUUGGACCAAGCAGGUUUACUUGGAGGUCUACUGAGAGGUACAGCUUGUGUAAUGCAGGGAAGUGAAUUAGUAGCAGUGUCAACGUAAGGGCAGAAAUGCUUCUCUGACCUGUCAACAUCCGAAAGCAAUUGAUUUCAAGUAUCGUAGUCACCACGACGGCAGUCCCAACUCACGACGUUAUAAUCCUCGUCAAAGUCAUGAAGCAUAUGACUAGUCAUGGAUAUUUGUGACUGUAGCGGGUCGACAAAAUCAUAUGUACUAUUAGUUUCACCUAGACAAGACAAGGUUGGUUGAAAUUACCGAACAAAAUAACAGCACUCUCAUCGCUUCUGUUUUUAAUGACUUCAGACACUGGAUCAAGAUAAAGCUGAAUAAACGAACUAUUUUGACUUUUUCCGGGAAACAUCUGGUCAAUCUUGGUUCUUAGUCCGCGAACAUACUGGUAAUAAAUUUGUAAUACCGAUGACGAAACAACAGCAUUAUUUUCAUUAUUUCUAAGAAAACUGAAACUUAAAAAGGGAUCAGGAAGAGAAACGUUACAAUUUGAAACGUACUUGCCUGAUAACACAAGCUGGAAGACCCUUUCGCCAACUUUGACUAAAGAACCAGAAGGACUACUUUGAAGGAGUCUGUUUGGUGUAUACUUGUUCUAAUUUUAACCAAAAUGCAUAAACUUUCAAUAGCCGACUAUAUUACAGACUUCCGGGCUAUUCGAUCUUGUGGCGCCAGUCUCCAGUUUCUUUGCACACCCGUCUUACUCGGUUGUACACAAUCAGAAUGUAUUGAAUCUGGCCGAAGCCUGCAACUCCUGCUAUGUUCUCUUCUUUUGCUCUAUCUCGAAGCCUCACUUGGUCCAUGAAAUGCCUAGAGCUUUGAGUUAACUCUCGAUUCCUCUCUUGCUUCUUGUCUCUAUCUAUAACAUCUCCAUUCAGCUCUCAUUCUAGUGAGCCGUUGAGAUGCUGAUUCCAUGAGCCAUUUAGCUCCUGUUUCCGUGAGUCAUUCGGCUCCCAGCCUUAUAACGAUCUACUUUGUGUCCCUUCGACGAUAUUGUCAACUGUCACACCAGGCACACCCCAUCGAACUUCUUCUCACCUAGGGAAUUCGAAAACCACGUGUGCUGGCGACUCUUGCACGUUCACACACUCUGGGCAAAGGGAUGACGAAGCAUGUCUCAACCGAUGCAGGUACUUCCGGAGGAAUCCGUGGCCGGACAAAAACUGCGUCAAAUGGAAGUUCACCUCGCCAUGCUUCCUACGCAUGCGUUUUUGUUUAUGUUUUUUCAUUGCGCAAUGUGCACCAAACUGUCAACAUAGUUAUACCCCGACGUUGUGUAUAAC